AUGAGUCUUGACAAGAAGGCCGACCUUCCAGAUGACCUUAUUGAGAAUGAUGUCCAGGAGAUCGAACAAGUCGACACUUUUGACUAUAAGAGCCAGACAGACCUGAGCGCCAUCGAGGCAACUGCUGCCUCUAAAGCAGCCUGGCUCAUUUCCAUCGUCGUCUCUAUUGGAGGCCUCUUGUUCGGAUAUGACACUGGCUACAUCUCCGCAGUUCUUGUUACAAUUGAGCAGUCCCUCGGUCACACGCUUAGCUCGAGUGAGCAGGAAAUGGUAACCUCCUUGACGAGUGGCGGCGCCUUGGUGGGAGCUGUAGGAGCUGGUCUCACGGCCGAUCGCUUUGGUCGUCGCUGGCCCCUUUGGGGCGCUUGUUUGACAUUCGUGGUUGGAACGGUUCUUCAGACGUGUGCAUUCUCCGUCGAGCAAUUUGCUACGGGAAGAUUCGUCGUGGGUCUCGGAGUAGGAAGUGCAUCCAUGAUUGUCCCUAUGUAUAUCGGCGAGCUGGCGCCUGCUCGGUAUCGUGGUCGCAUGGUUGCGUUCAACAACAUGAGCGUCACAUUCGGGCAACUUCUUGCAAGUGCCCUAGGCGCUGGCUUUGCUCAGGUCAAAGGGGAAGGAUGGCGCGCUACAGUUGGUAUUGGAGCUGUUCCGGCUGUUUUACUUGCAGUGCUUCUCUUCUUCUGCCCGGAGUCACCACGACAGCUGGUUUCCCACGGCGAUAUUGCCGCAGCGGAUGCUGUUCUCAUCAGAAUUUACCCCACGUCAACUGCGGAUCAACGCGGGGCAAAGAUUAGGUCGAUCGAGCUGUCAUUGCAAGAAGCAACUCAGGCAAUGAGUGAGGAAACACUGUGGAGCACUUUCAAGCGCAUCUUUACUACGCCUGCCACCGGUCGCGCAGUUUUGACCGCAUGCGUGAUCAUGGCGAUCAGUCAACUUGGUGGAUUCAAUACCUUGAUGUACUAUGCCGCGACAUUGUUCUCCAUUGUCGGCUUCAAUAACCCAACAGCAGUCGGGAUCACAGUUUCUGCGACUAACUUCGUAUUCUCCAUUGUCAACCUUGUUCUCGUUGAUAAGUUCGGUCGCAGAACCAUUCUUACAAUCACAGUGCUUGGCAUGUCCAUUUGCAUGAUUGUUGCUGUUAUUGCAUUUCGAUAUAUCCCUAUUGAUGCAGAAACUUUGAAACUGACAACUGAUAAUGUCGGCUGGCCUGGAACGCUUGUCCUUGUUGCCAUCAUUUGUUACGUUGCUUGCUACUCGUCGGGUGUUGCCACGAUCGCCUGGAUCGGAACAGAGUUGAUUCCGCUGGAGGUCCGGGCAGUGGGAACAAUGCUGAACACUGUUACUUGUUGGAGCACUAACAUCAUCAUCGCUUCCACCUUCCUGUCGAUGAUGAAGAGCUGGACACCUAGCGGUGCCUUUGGAUUCUACGCAGCUAUUUGCUUCUUCGGCUGGGUAUUCGUGAUCAUAUUCUUCCCCGAGUGCAAAGGCAUGCCAUUGGAAGCCAUUCGUGAAGUCUUCAGCACUGGGUUCGGUGUUAAGUACUCAAAGAGAUGGCAGAAAGAGCACAAGCAUGAUGCCAAGGUGGAAACUCUGGUCUUGGGACACUGA